UAUUGGGCGGGACUAUUAACGUAGCCCCGCCUCCCACAUCCAGCUGUGUGCAGUGAUCUGAGCGGCGCAGAUUAAAGGAUGAAGUCCAACAAACACACAACACCACACACCACUGAGACAGAGUUUGGAGGGGCGAUAGGUGCUGCAUGUCUAAUAGUGCUCCUCCCUCUCACGGUGCUCUUCCUGAUGAGUGUGUGUGUGUCUGAGGAGGGUGCUGUGUUCCGCUGGCCCCCCACACUGCCACCCCAUUCAGACUUCUAUGACCCCCGAGCUGUGUUCAUCAUCACUGGGUGGAUCAGCACACACAUUCUGCUCUACCUGCUCCCAGUGGGCAAGGUGUCAGAGGGUUUAAUACUCAGGGAUGGAAGCAGACUGAAAUAUCCAAUAAAUGGGUUCCAUGCGCUGUGUGUGACCGCGGUGUUGGUGUGUGUGUGUGUGUGUUUGGGCGUACCCCUGGCUGUCCUCUAUGAGCUGAUGGUUCCGUUAGCAGUGUGUGCAGUGGGCGUGGCCUUCCUGCUCUCCCUCUACCUCUACACUUGCUCCUUCUGGACUCCUGCACAUGCCUUGGCACCAGGAGGAAACACAGGACAUGCUGUGUAUGAUUUCUUUAUUGGACGAGAGUUAAACCCGCGCAUCGGCUCAUUCGAUCUGAAAUAUUUCUGUGAGCUGCGGCCAGGGUUAAUUGGCUGGGUGGUGCUGAAUGCAGUGAUGCUGCUAAAGGAGGUCGAGCUCAGAGGAUCACCGUCAGUGUCAAUGCUGCUGGUCAACGUCUUCCAAUUGCUCUAUGUCACAGAUGCUCUGUGGAACGAAGAGGCAGUGUUGAGCACCAUGGACAUUGUUCACGAUGGAUUUGGCUUUAUGUUGGCUUUUGGUGAUUUGGUUUGGGUUCCGUUCACAUAUAGCCUCCAAGCAGCCUUUCUUGUGUCACACCCUCAUCAGCUCACUCCCUUCAGUGCCCUUGCUAUCAUCAUGCUGAACGGAAUUGGAUAUUACACCUUCCGAAAGUCCAAUUCUCAGAAGAACCAGUUCAGGAGAGACCCAACACACAGCAGUGUCCGACAUUUAGAGACGAUUCCCACAGCAACAGGAAAGCGGCUGUUAGUGUCAGGAUGGUGGGGGUUCGUCAGACACCCUAAUUACCUUGGAGACCUUUUAAUGGCACUGGCGUGGUCUCUGCCUUGUGGGAUCUCUCACAUCCUACCGUACUUCUAUGUGCUGUACUUUAGCGUGUUGUUGGUACACAGGGAGGCACGAGACGAGCGCCAGUGCAGAGCGAAGUACGGAGCAUCUUGGGAUGCUUACUGCAGACGAGUGCCUUACAGGAUCAUCCCCUACAUCUACUGAGCUCAUUGUGAUGUUUAUUACACUCUCAAGUCAAGAAGCUUUUAUUGUCAUUUAAACCACGUAUCUGACCCAGGACUCAGUGACAUGACAGGACCAUGAAGCUACACCGAACACAGAGUGCAGAGCUAAGGACUGAAAGGAAGUUAGUCCAAGACACAAAGUGCAACAGUGCGAGACAAAAUAUAACACAAAACACUACAGGACGUAGAACACAAGAUGACCAGUGUGGGUUCUGUAUGUUAUACAAAGCAUUGUGCAAAAGAAGGUUGUUCCUCUCUCGCUCCUCGUCCUCUCACACACCUUCUACAUGUAUACACAUGCUCAUAAAAUCUGUGUGUGUGUGUGUGUGUGUGAGAUAGUGAUCUUUAUGGAAUAAACCCUGUACACAGACCCAGAUAAAGUCCCAUUUUUUGAAGAUAAUAAAAACACAACAGCUGAUGUACAGAAACCCAAACUUCAUGUUUAAUGACUGAGUUUAAGACUUGACUGUUUGUGAAGCUCCAAACAAAUCCAUCAUCACACAGCAGAUUAACAAAAGAUCAACAAGGAUAAAUUAAAGAUUAUCAGAAGUUUGGAAUUGUUGAAUUGAUAUAAUUGUCAUUUUAUUUGCUGUAACUUUUUCCAAUAAAUUAAAUCUCUUCAAUCA